GGGUUUUCGUCUGUCAAAAGUUGUUGCUACUGUCGUAAAGACGUAUUGAGAAUGUGAAUAUAUUACUCAUUUACAAAGAACAAAAGUAUGGAUAGAGAUGUUCAAAAAUACACUGUUGACAGACUGAACACGUCUAUAUUGGAUUUAAAGCAUUCAACACUUAACGCUUUGAGUUGGCAUAGUUUUGAUGGAUUGGAGGCCAAACAUAAUGGAAAUUCAAUUUGUGUGAACGUUUUUAAUUUUUGUGUCAAGGUGUGAGCUGAAAAUGUCUGUUAAUGACCAUGAUAUAGAAAAUAGGGAUACAACAGAUUCUUUGAUUGAUUUGAGUGAAGUUGCUAAAUAUGUUGAAGAGAAAAAGAAUACAAAACCAUUUUUAGCAGACUGGGCGGAAGCAGUAAUAGGCUGGAGAUCUUCCACGUCCCUUGGACUAGUAUUAGUAAAAACCUCCAGUUCGGGCACCAAUGUAAAAAAGAAGAGGACAAUUGAUAGAGCAGUCACCGAUUUACAGUAUGGGAUGUACAGUAAUCCCGGCGACGAUUAUUGGUGUAAUAAUAAGCAAUCGGUGGACCUCAAAACGGGUGUAAAGUGCAUAGGUGAAGAGAUUGAAACUUUCCCAAUACCGCCAUGGAAAUCCAAUAUAGAACAUGGAACAUAUCGGUAUAUUCCUGAUAACGGAAGCUAUAGAACUAUGAAGUUUAUGUAUGACGACCGAAAAGAGUGGUACACAAUCAGAAAGAAAUAUCCUGAAAAGGUUUCCACAGCAUGGCACCAGAAUUGCAAACGUUUACAAAGGGAACUGCGUAGGCAGUUGCGGAAGGAAAUGAGUAAAGUUGAAAAGGAAAAUCAAACAACUGCACUUAAUAAUUCGAAAGGAAACUCUGAACCAGUUAGUGGAUCUGACACAAAUAGAUCUUCCACUGGUAAUACAGGUAUAGUAAAACCCAUUAUGGUUAAUUCAGUAGAGCAGGCAGCGCAGUCAAAUCCAGAAAAUAGUUCACAAAAGGCAGAAAACAAUAUCGGACAUGUAGUAAUCAACACUGGUCAUGUAACAAACACCGGAUAUGUAACCAAUAACAUUCCAGAAUCAGCGCAAAUGGAGUUACAACAGCAUAACGACGGUGUCACGGGAAUUCACUUUGGAUUAGAUUAUUGUGUAAGACCAGUCGUUAAAAAGGAGACACGAGUUCGAAGUACGCACUCGGAUGGGGCGCUGAGCCAGUUUAAGAAGUUGAACACAAUUCGCGAAAGAGACUCCGAACCCCCGACGCCUAUGCCUCAAUCGUCAAUACCGUCGGGCGGCCAGUUGCUGAAGUCGUUGAGUGAUCUUUUCAUUGAAAAUUUUUCGUCACGGAUAAGCGCGCUUGAUGACGAAAUUAAAAAGGAUUCCAAGUGGUUACGCAAAAAUGACAAUGAAAUCUCCAAAUUACAUAAUAGUCGUGCUAAAUACAGGGAGCACACGCGACACAAUUUCAAGGACAACACUGCGUCAAACGUGACACCGCGAAUGCCGUCAAAAACGGAGACCUUAGCAAGCGACAUCUUCAGCGUCAGACCUGUUGCGCAAAAAGAAUUAAAACCGCUGGAAAAGACGAAAGGAUUCGCUAAAACGAGCAAUCAUAUACAUGGCGAUUAUCCGCACGAUUUUCCAUUUUCAUACAAUGGUAGUAACAAUAAUAUUAUGAAAGCAUAUGUACCUAGAAAUAAUUACAGGUCUGAUAUGGACAAUGGAACGAGUGGCAAUAAAUUUGCUGUUGAUAGCUCAAAGCAAGAAAUGUUAGAUACACUCACGGGUACGAAAAUCAAUACGCAGAACAAUAAAAAGCCGUCAAAAGGUUUCUCGACGCCGUCGACAAUCACGCUAUGUGAUAACACGUCCACUUCACAUAGUCACGGUCAAACUAGCGACCAAAGUGCUGAAAAGUUCAAACAGGUCUCGGUACAGACAGAGAAAAAGCAGGCAAAACGAGAACCCAUUCAAAACGUCCCCGUCCUUUUGCCGGAAAUAUCGGGGAAACGUAUGGAGGUUGCCACUGUGUCGCACCGACUUUUGUGACAGCGGCGCUAUAACUAGUAACAAGUGUUAAUCAAGUUCUUGCGUAUAUGCCUAUUAAAGUAUAUGUGUAUCAUUUCUUAGCGUAUUACUUAUAGCACUAUUGUAUAUACUCAAGGGUUAUGUCUAACUUAUUAAGUCGUUCUAAAAGAUAUAUGUUAUAGCACGAUUAAAAUGUCAAAUCUGC